AUGAACGGGACAACGACCGCUGAAGUGAUCGACAAGGAAGCAGCUGCGAGGGAGAUGAACGGCCUCUUAUUCAUCCCGCUGCAGCGCGCCGUUCGCCGGGGCUCCCGUCGGAACGUGCUGGUGGGGUCGUCGCACGCCGUCAAGAUCACAUGCGCGGGGUCGUGCCGCUCGCUCUACGCCGGCGACUACUACACGGGCGAGACGCAGCUGAGCCCGCUGCCGAUCCGCUGGAUGAGCUGGGAGGCGCUGUUCCUGGGCCACUUCAGCAGCCGCAGCGACGUCUGGUCCUUCGGCGUGACCCUGUGGGAGAUGCUGACCCUGGGACGACAGCAGCCCUAUGAGCGCCUCUCUGACGAAGGGGUCAUCGAGAACCUGUCGCACUUCUACCACGACGACGGAGGGGAGAUGUUCCUGUCGCAACCUGCCCUGUGCCCGAGGGAGAUCUACGACCUCCUGCAGGAGUGCUGGAGACGCAACGAGGCCGACCGACCCAACUUCAGGGACAUCCACGUCUUCCUCCAAAGGAAGAAUCAGGGCUAUUCCCCGGAGGCGUGAAGGAUGGGGUGGGUGACUGUUUACGGGAAGACCAAAAAUGGAACGGAGGUCAUCCUACGGAGGAUAGAGUGAAGCGGUUGGAAAGCCCGCGGGAUUCGCCAUUUUGAGCCGUCGAUUCGCUCUUCGUGGCUCGAGUUUCCCGCGCUUUCGCUCCCGCAGAUCCCUCCGCCUCCUGCCAUUCCUCACGAAUAAGCUUUAUUUUACAAGGUAUCCGGUCAUGGAGGAAGAAGAUAGGUCAUUUAGGAUGAUAAAGAAAGAAAUUGUGAUAUGUUAUCGUCUGCUGGUGCCGCCUGGACGUCAUUCGGGAGAGAUAAUGGACUCUUACGUACGUGAUCUUCCGCGACAUAUCCGCGACGUUAAGUAGUGCGUGUAUCGGACCGAAAGUAUAUUUUGCCAAAAAAAAACGGUGAUAGUCAAGACAAUCAUUUACUAUAUUUGAAUGGAAUGAUUACAGGAUUCCUGAAGGGAAGUAACGAUAGAAACAGUAACGGAUAAAGCACAUACUGCUUAGGGAAGCGUGCAUGGCGGAAUGGUACAAAUUUCUUCCUCAAGAACAAGAAAAGGACAAGUUAAGAAGAGGAACAGGAAGAGGAACUGUAGUCAUCCACCUUAUAAAAGUGCAAUAAUUAGCAGCCAAAAAGAAAAGAAAAGAUAAUGACAUUUAAGACAAACAAAAAAUGCCCGAUCUCUGAAGGGGCCAGACAAAAAAAUCAAAACCUGAGGCCAGCCAGGAUGGACGACUCAACUUACAUCACAAACGCAGUGAUAUUUUGAGCCUCUU